AUGUACUACUCCUGCGGCAAUUACGAAGCAUUUGCCAGACCGCUCAAACCGGAUGGCAUCGACACAAAGCGCGCCUGGAUCGUCGGUUCUGGCUUGGCGGGCCUUUCUACUGCCGCUUUCCUGAUACGAGAUGCCCAAAUGCCAGGCAAAAAUAUCACUAUUUUGGAGGCUUCGCAAAUCGCCGGAGGCGCAUUAGACGGACUUGAUGUUCCCGAAAAGGGAUUCGUUAUCCGGGGCGGCCGUGAGAUGGAGGCACAUUUCGAGUGCCUAUGGGACCUCUUUCGUUCUGUUCCAUCCAUGGAAGAAGACGGUGCAAGCGUUCUCGACGAAUUUUACUGGUUGAACAAGCGCGAUCCGAACUCAUCACUGCAAAGAGCUACCGAACAGCAAGGCCGCGAUGCUGGCACAGGUGUCUUGUUUACAUUGAGUGACAAAUCCCAGAAAGAAAUGGUUAAGCUGUUCCUCAUGACAAGGCAGGACGUUGAAAACAAACGGAUUGACCAGGUCUUUGGGCCAGAAUUCUUCAAGAGCAAUUUCUGGCUCUACUGGCAGACAAUGUUCGCCUUUCAGACGUGGCAUUCCGCGCUGGAAAUGAAACUAUAUCUUCACCGAUUUGUGAAUCACAUCCAAGGCUUGCCAGACUUCUCAACCCUCAAAUUCACCAAGUUCAACCAGUGCGAGUCGCUUGUGCUACCUCUCAGGGCCUGGCUUGAGUCACACAAAGUGAAUUUUCAGUACGAUACAAAAGUACUCGAUGUUGAUUUCGCAAAUACUUCAGACGGAAAAAGAGCGAUAAAAAUUCACUGGGUGCAGAGCGGAAGUGAAGGUGGAAAGGACCUUGGGCAUGACGACUUUUUAUUCAUGACCAUCGGUUCGCUGACUGAGAACUCCGACCUUGGAGAUCACCAAACUCCUGCGAUCAUACGAGACGGACCAGCCCCUGCUUGGGAUCUUUGGCGAAAGAUUGCUGCCAAAGAUGUCGACUUUGGACGUCCGGAGGUUUUUUGCGGUGACAUUCCUCGGACAAAGUGGCAAUCCGCGACAGUCACAACUCUCGAUACCCGCAUCCCGCACUACAUACAGAAGAUAUGCCGACGAGAUCCAUUCAGCGGGAAAGUGGUUACAGGAGGCAUAGUCACCGUGCGCGACUCGAGCUGGAUGCUGAGCUGGACUGUGAAUCGCCAACCGCACUUCAAGAAUCAGCCCAAGGACCAGAUUGUCGUUUGGUUGUACGGGCUUUACGUGGAGCGACCGGGUGACUAUGUCAAGAAGGCCAUGCAAGACUGUACCGGCGAGGAAAUCACCCAAGAAUGGUUAUACCACAUGGGUGUUCCAGAGCUCGAAAUCUCUUCGCUGGCCGCCUCGGCUGCCAAAUGCGUACCAGUCAUGAUGCCCUACGUCACAUCCUUCUUCAUGCCACGCCAGGAAGGUGAUCGUCCAAACGUCGUGCCCGCAGGCUCGCGCAACUUUGCUUUCAUUGGGCAGUUUGCCGAGACUACGAGAGAUACGAUAUUCACCACGGAAUACUCCGUAAGGACUGCCAUGGAGGCAGCAUAUCAACUCGCAGGGGUUGAUCGCGGCGUGCCAGAGGUCUUUGCGUCAACCUACGACGUUAGACAUCUGCUGAACGCUGCAUGCGCUUUGCGAGAUGGAAAAGAGUUGGCUACCUGGGUGCCUGGCAGAAUCCGCAAACUCCUCGUUGAGAAACUUGAAGGUUCUGAGGUUGGACGGCUGUUGCAUGAGUAUGGGCUUAUCUGA